AAAAAGGAAAGGAGUAAUACCCUGAAUAUUGCAAUAGACAAUAUGUGCAAGAAGACAAGAGACCUUCGCAGACAGCUCCGUAAGGCUAUUAUAGAUCAUGUGUCAGACUCCUUUUUGGAUACAACGGUCCCACUUUUGGUUCUCAUUGAAGCUGCCAAGAAUGGCCGGGAAAAGGAAAUAAAAGAAUAUGCUUCGAUAUUUCGUGAGCACACCAGCAGGCUUAUAGAGGUGGCAAAUCUUGCUUGUUCCAUGUCAACAAAUGAAGAUGGGAUUAAAAUUGUUAAAGUUGCGGCCAAUCACCUGGAAACCUUGUGUCCACAGAUCAUUAAUGCUGCACUUGCUUUGGCUGCAAGACCCAAAAGUCAAGUGGUCAAAAAAAACAUGGAAAUGUACAAGCACACAUGGGAGAAUCAUAUCCACGUCCUCACCGAAGCUGUAGAUGACAUCACAAGCAUUGAUGACUUCCUCGCUGUAUCUGAGAGCCAUAUCCUAGAAGAUGUCAACAAAUGUAUCAUAGCCUUGAGAGACCAGGAUGCUGAUAACUUAGACCGUGCUGCAGGUGCCAUCAGAGGACGGGCAGCAAGACUUGCUCAUAUUGUCACAGGUGAAAUGGACAGUUAUGAGCCAGGAGCUUACACUGAAGGUGUGAUGAGAAAUGUUAACUUCCUUACAAGUACUGCAAUUCCUGAGUUUGUAACACAAGUGAAUGUUGCCUUGGAAGCCUUAAGUAAAAACUCUUUGGAUGUAUUUGAUGAUGAUCAAUUUGUGGACAUCUCAAAGAAGAUCUAUGAUACAAUCCAUGAUAUCAGAUGUUCAGUCAUGAUGAUUCGGACCCCAGAGGAACUGGAGGAUGUUUCUGACUUGGAAGAGGAACAUGAGGUGCGCAGUCACACCAGCAUUCAGACUGAAGGGAAAACUGACCGGGCUAAGAUGACUCAGUUGCCUGAGUCAGAAAAGGAAAAGAUUGCUGAGCAAGUUGCUGAUUUCAAGAAAGUAAAGAGUAAACUGGAUGCUGAGAUUGAAAUAUGGGAUGAUACAAGCAAUGAUAUCAUUGUUCUGGCUAAGAAGAUGUGUAUGAUUAUGAUGGAGAUGACAGACUUCACAAGGGGCAAAGGACCACUAAAACAUACAACUGAUGUGAUUUAUGCCGCUAAAAUGAUAUCAGAAUCGGGAUCAAGGAUGGAUGUCCUUGCUCGGCAGAUUGCCAACCAGUGUCCAGAUCCAUCAUGCAAACAAGAUUUGUUGGCCUACUUGGAACAGAUUAAGUUUUACUCUCACCAACUGAAAAUCUGCAGUCAAGUUAAAGCUGAGAUCCAGAACUUAGGAGGAGAGCUCAUCAUGUCAGCUUUGGACAGCGUCACCUCCCUGAUCCAAGCGGCCAAAAAUUUAAUGAAUGCUGUAGUGCAAACAGUGAAAAUGUCUUACAUUGCCUCAACCAAGAUCAUCCGAAUUCAGAGUCCUACUGGGCCUCGGCACCCAGUUGUGAUGUGGAGAAUGAAGGCUCCUGCAAAAAAGCCCUUGAUUAAAAGAGAGAAGCCAGAGGAAACUUGUGCAGCUGUCAGACGAGGCUCAGCAAAGAAAAAAAUCCACCCAGUGCAAGUCAUGAGUGAAUUUAGAGGAAGACAUGUCUACUGAAACCACUCUUCUACUCUGGUGUCCAUAUUACAAAGUCCUGGCUAAACACACUGCUUUACUUUUACACUUGAUUAGUUCUGUAAGUUCACUAACUUUUAGAAUUUAAUCCACAGAUAGUGUAAAACAUUGGAAGCAACAUAGAUUUGGGAUCAUGUCAUUGUCAUCUCUGUAUGGCCAGCACCUAAUAAGUAAUCAAUAUAUGCUUGUUGAAUGAAUGAACCCUUUAGGUGUCAUUUAACCUUUCCUACCGUAGACAGUAUCUUACACUUAUUACCGAGUGAACAUAGGAGACUCUAGGGAGUCCUGUUCAUCUGUAACAACUUAAGUACACUCACCUUAUCAUUUUGAAUUAAAGCUUUGACAGGAGCUCUUGACUUGGUUUUCAAUGAAAGCAAAAGACUUCAUAAAAUGCUUUUCCAUUUGAUCUCCAUAUUUUCUUUAUCUGACCCAAUCUGACAGACACCUGUGAAUCUCUGUGACUCACCUGUAUCUAAUGUCAGUUGAUUAGGGUAACCUCAGAAACUAACCAAGCUCAGCAGUCAAGUUCAGCCUUGAUUAUUAAUGAAGUAUUUUUUUUAACAUUAUAAAGAUUACAGUGAAUUUUGAUGCCACAAGUGUACCUUUUAAGCUUCCAUGGUGUUCAGAAGUUCUGCACAUUGAGUAUUAGACUUAAAUGGGUCCUCCACAAUAGUAUAUGGCAGAAGAGUUAUCACUCGUUGGGGAAAUGAGACACCUAUCUAUAUUCCUGAGUGAGUCAUGAUAACAGAAGUAGAAGGAGUUCUGCCUGACUCUAAAAAUCCAUUUGUAUUAGCUUGCAAUUGUAAUUAAAAGGAAAAGGCCACUUUGAAAAACAUUUUGGCAUCGAGUAAAAUAUAACUGCAUCAAGUAUAUCAUUGAACUAUAAAGUAGAGUUAAUGGCAAAGAAGCUGGAGUGAUUUUGAUAACAUGAUUUAAAAUAAAAGUCGUUGAGGUCAUUUUAUGACUUCAAUCGCUGUACUUAUCCUUAGUUAAGUUCAUGAAGGACUUCAUAAUAGUCUUAGAGUCCAGUGCAUUGCCCCCUCCCUCUAUCCUCCCCUCCCUCUUUGCAGAAGUUAAGUUUCACUUUUCUCACACAUAGAAUUCUCCUUCACAACAUUAUAAACUUGUAUUCCCUAUUCUAUUUUAUCAAAAUUAUACUAUAAUUUUAACUUCACUUUGUACGUACUGCCAUUAAUGAGUUGUUUCAACAAUUAUAUUAUCUUAAUUUGAUGAAGUAAAAUUCAAACAUGCAACAUCAGUUGAUGCCAGAAGGACCAGUUUGGGUAAAAGAAUGUGUGAAACAUAAGAAUGCACAAAGCCGAGAGUAUCAUGUGUGUGGUACCUUUGGCAAAAUGGUAUGGGAAAAGGAUUUAUUUCAUAGAUAAUUAUCAAUUAUAUGGAAAGUGUUCACUUUUUAUUGUAAUGAAUUAUUUUAUUCUUCCAAAAUGCUGAGUUGCCUUGGCUCAGCAUAUAAACAUCCUAGGAGGUGAAAGCCAUAGGUCCUUCCUGCCUCGCACUCUGCACUGGCCCACAAUAAUUAUUCCAGACAGAGUCCACUCCAUAAAAGAGAAAGCGAUGCAAAAAGGAAUUAGGGAAUCCAGAUAAUUCUAUUUUCCAGGACCAUCUAGACAAGAAGGCAAAAAAGGGAGUUCCUUUCGUUGAAAUGCUACCAUUGCUUUCUGUUCUAAGGCUAGAUAUUACAAGAGUGACAUCUAUGACCGUUGUUAUCUUAGAUAAAAGGGUGAGUUUAUAAUUUAGUUGAGAAAAUAGAUUUUUUUAAACACCAAACAACUAGCUCAAAAUCAUAAGUCUCAUUUAGAAAAUCUAAUGUCUGUUUGAUCCUAUGUCAGCUUUCCGCAGUUGAAGUUUAGAAUGCAGUAUCGAUGCCAAAAGAACAGAAAUAACUGGAAAUUAUACAAUUACCAAAUAACCUCUACAUCUUGAAAAAAAUGACAUUUUAUCCCACAUGAGGUGUGAACUGGCCUCUCCUUUAAAGUAGGUUGAUUUCCAGCUUAGCUCAAAGCGAAUUGCAAUUAUACAAAACUUAAUUUAAAAAAAUAACUUGGAGAAUGCCCCAGGAGUAAAGUCCACUGUAGCAAUCAAAGGUGCAAUAAGAAAGAGGUGCAUAGAGGUGAGAAAGACAUCUGUCCAGCUGAGUGAACUCCUGUAGUAGGCAACAUUUUGAGACUUAGUUGGACUCAAAACCACUAAUAAGUGCUUAUACACAAGAACGACUAGCAGCAAAUGCAUUAACAAAACUUUGUACUAUAAAGCAUAGUUAAAUGAAAUUUAUCAGGAAAUAAGAAUGUACAUAUGUGUUUAUAUUUAAGCUCUUCUGCAGCGAAAUGGUAGAAAUUUCUUAACGAGAGUGUUGGGUUGGUGGCCCAUCCAUGCAUCUUUUAAAAUUGCAUCACAGAUUUUGGUGCUUCUUCCAAUGAUACAUUUGCUUUAACCUGCUAAUCAAAACUCAAACUCACCUUUUUCUUUUAGUGAAAUUAAUUUAUGUAGGAAAAAAAAUCCUUGAGAGGGAGGAGGGGGUUUAUACCACCUACAAGGAUAGUUCCAUUUUACUUAGUUGCCAGCAUCAUAGUCAAACAUCAGACUAGAAUCAUAAUGAUAACUUAAAAAAUACCCAUGAAAUCAUAAUAUACCAAAGAUUCUUCUAAUUAGAAACACGGGAAGGUUUUUAUCAAACAGGAAGAAUGACAAAUAUAAAUGUCUCCAUUUUAUUUAUCACAAGUGGAAAUAAUUAGAUUAAAAUAUGUGUUCCUGAUGGAGUUUCUGGGUACAACUCAAUGAAGGAGUCAGGAGAAGAAUUCAAACCCUGAAUUGCUAAGGUAAUUUGUUAACGGUCUACUUUCUGUUUGUCUUAGAACAUGAGUGAAAACAAUGAAUAUUAAAAAAUAUAAUAUGCUUAAUUAUGCCUUCUGGCCUUCACAUACCUCUUAACUUAUCAAUAUCAGUAUAACAUAUGUUCCCCAUAAAAUGCCUUCUGUGUAAGGACUAAGGACUCCAUAGCUACAGAGAAAGGCUUUUUCAGUCUGGCCUUCACUUACCAGCUUCAAAGGAGAACAGUUUCCAAGUCAUAAUACAGGAAGAUAAAAUCACGGACAUGUAGAUAAGUGCCCAAUUUGAGCCUCAAACGCAGUAAUUAGUGCUCCUCACAUUCAGUAAUGAGUGGUUGAAAAGACACUACAAGAAGUAUUUUUAGUGACUUUCUACACCUUGACUUUCAGUGUGGUCUUUUCACCAUCCAUCCCUGGGCUAGGGAUCCUCCCAUUAACUGCUGAUGGUUCUCUCCCAGACUGAUACAGUCAGGGAUGUUCAUCCCAGCCAAUUAUGCCCAGUUAACGUCCAUUCCUCUUGGUCCAUGCCCCCAAAAUAAUCCACUCUCAUUUCUCAUCUCCUUAGGUGUCUAUCCCACAUAUAAAUUGGUCAAUAUAUUCUAUAGCGUUAAAAUUAUAAAUUUUAAUUCCCAGCAGCUUCCUUCCUUUCUUCCUUAUUUUUUCUUUUCUUUUUUUAUCUUGUUUCUAUUCCAGAAAACAUUCUUACCCUUUUUGGUAUCAAAUGCACACUUCCUGAUAGGGAUAGAGGUUCCCAUGGAUACAGAUUUCUGUAUAGAGAUAGAAUGAAUGGAAUGAAGGAAUGAGAUCUGAGAUUUUCCUGAUGAUAUUUACCAUUCUCCAGUGAAUUCUUUGCAGCAUUGCUAUCCUGUUUCAGUAUCAGUGUAAGUAAUUCUCUAGGUCAGCAAAAUACGCACCAGAAUACCAAGUUGAAUGAAAUCUGUACUUUGUUUUGUCAGCCUGUCUUUUGUCAAGACAGUCUGCCUAUUGCAUAUUCGCCAUUUUUCUGUUGGGCUAGUCAGAAAUAUUUCCCUUUGACUUGAUCAGAAAGUUUAGGGUCAUCUAAUUAAAAGAUUGUGAAUGCAUAUUAUUUCAAAAAUCCUUUUAAGUACACUGGGAAAAUUUCUGCAACCUGAGAAAUCUAUAUUUAUAUUUCAUUUUCAUUUAAAUAUCACAUAUCAGGAAAGAACAGAAAAAAAAACGCUGUAGCAUUUUUGUCAUAAUUCUCUUUCCAUAUUGGUAUGAUAUCUUUAAUAUCAGUAUUUUGCAUGUUACUAUAACAAAAGCCAGGCUUAAUGACAGAAACAUCUACAUAUAAAGUUUUAAUUUUGAUGUCUUGGGUCUAUUAGGAAAGAAAAUAUAGAUGUUACUAAAACUAAAGAUGUCUUAAUCAAAGCUAUAACACUAUCCUAAAUAUCUACAAGACAGAAAAGAAGACAUUUAAAAUUUUAUAUACACUUGUUGCCAUUUUUAGCCAAUUCACAUGAACAAAACAAUUUUCUAUUAGAACAAAAGAAACAGUAGUUUACAACAGUCAUCACUUUACAUGUGAACUUUUCCCCCUACCAGGAUAGAUAGGAUCUAUUCCUGAACACUUCAAAAGAAGAUAAUUAAUACUAUUUGAGAGAACCAUUUCCAAAUGGAACCCAACCUUGCCAGAAUCCUGUUUAUGGGCAAUAGAUAGUUUGUAGGGCUGACCUUUAUGUAGAUCCUAGGACAAGAUAUUUCAUGGCUGCAGGCUGGCUUAUGGCAUCCAAAAGUCCCCAUUGGCUUUAUGGGAACAAAUCACAAAGACUACCUUUCAACAUGAGUUUGACAAGAAAAAGCAAUAUAUACAGAGCAGUUCUAAAGGGAUGUGGGUAAGAAAGUGACAGAGAUGGCAGAGGAGGAAUAAGAAAAGUAGUUGCAGAAGCAAAUAACUUAUAGCCAAACAGAGGAAGAGGUUUUGGUUCUACACAGAUUGGGGAGCUUCCUCCUGAGGAAUAUUUUAAAGAUAGAAUAAGUGUACUUAUCUUUGGUGGUUUGGGUGAAGUCAUGUUGGAGGAAGGAGGAUGAGCUAUAUACAUUUUGAGGAUGAUUUAAUGAUAUUGUUUGUAAGAUGAGAAAUGGAAAUUCUAGCUGCUGAUGGGUGAAAUUCUUCCCAAUAUCAGAGCUCAUCAGGAUAAUCACACGUUAAUGUAUUUAACAAAUAUUUGUUGAGUAACAAUGAUCUCUCCCAGGCACUUCUCCAGGUUCUUGGAAUACAUGAGGUAAAAAAAAAACACAAACAGUGGUCUUUACCCCAUGUGCCCACUUAGUGCUAAAUGUUAUUACCUUAUUUUACUCUCUCAAUAGUCCUGUGGGAUAAACAUUGUUAGCUCCAUUCCAUAGAUGAGGAAACUGAAGCUUAAGUAGGCUCAAAAUCUAGCUCAAAAAUUCAUCGACUUUACAGUUUUGUUUGUUGCACUCUAGAGUCUGAACUUUAGCCAUUAUACCAUCCAGACUUCCUGAAAAAAGAAAUGAGAUUUGCUCAGUUUAAAAUGAAAUACAUAUUUCAAAUGCUGGCUCCUUCCUAUGUAACAGCAAAAAGAUAGAAACUUAAAAAAUGAUUAGCAAUCCAUAACUAGACCAUUUAAAACUGAUAAAAGAAGUAAUUAGGUGCAUAUUCUCACCUCUAAUAAUCUCAAUUAGAAUAUCAGAUAUAUGAGUAAUGGAUAUUUCAUCUAUAUAUCUGGAACAGGAUGAAAAUGCUUGACAAAUUACUUUUACUAUUAUAGAGGAGACAUCUUCAGUGGAAAUGCCUGUUCCAACCCAUCUUCAGCAUGGGUUGUUGCUGAAAACAUUUGUUGGCACUACGUCUUUCCUAUUUCAUUGCUAAUGUGUGUCUGUGUGUUUAAAGUUAUGGAUCCCAGGGUACUGUUGACCAAGGAUUAUUGGAAUAAGAUAUAGUUUCUUUAUAUUCCCAAGAGACCCAAACUAGAGCAAAUGUAUGUUUCCUUCUUUAUGGAGGUCACAAAUGUAUGGGGUAUAUGCCUGUCUGCAGGUGUGUAUAGUCCUUGAACUCUACAUCAUCCUUCUUCCUACAGCUAACUAAAGGCUUGAGUCCUCUUUUUGCUCAUGUUGCUGGAUAGGCAUCCCUAUCACAGGCCUGGGGGAGUUUAAUGAUUUUCUGAUCUUUCUUAAAAUGGAUUCACAGGUAUUUUCUCAAACUGAGAAUGUGUUUAUUUGGGGUCUUCACUUUUGGGUACCUGGCAGUCAUGAUGAUUUCUGUCCCCAAUGUAGGAAAACGAAGCUCUUGAGAAGGAAUUUCUCUUUGAAAAAAGCUCAGAUUUCUAACAAUCCUCUCCAUAAAUCUCUUCAAAAAGAGAUUUAAUUUUUUUUUUUUGUAAAAGCUAUUAGCAUUAGUCCUUGCGUUUUCCUUUCAAAUGAGAUAUCAUCUACUUCUAAAGUUUUCUUUCCUUUGCAUUUUCAAGAUGAAUGCUUAUUUUUAAUUCUGUUUAUUUGAACUUGGAGGUAUGCAGCCCCCUUUGAUAAUUAAAUCACGUAUUACACAAUCCCAAGCCAACCGCCGUCAGUCACAUCAUUUUGCCAUCUUUGUGAAUUAGGUUCAGAUAAACUCUGGUAUUCACCAAGAGUCUCAGACAGGUUUUCUUGGCCUAGUCUUCUAACAUCAAAUUUAGACUGGAAUGUUUAUUAAUAAAGCAAAGGGGCAAGUCAGAGAUGGUGCAUGCUCUCAGUUAAACAGGACUUCCCUUCUUCCUGACACUUUAAACAUAAAAUUGAUUUCAAAAACACUAUAGAGAUAGUGUUCCAUUUUUGCCAAAACUCACCCCAUUAUGGCUCUGUGUUUUUCUGUGUUGGUAUACAAUGUGUCCAUGGGGAUGUAAAUAUGAGAAUUUUAGCAACUUUCUUGCAGGGUUAAGCUGUCCUUCUUACUAGUUUUGAAAUUUUUCUUUGUGUGGUACAAUCCUUCCAAAGAAAAGGUCAUUGGACCUAAGUGAUAGCAGUCCCUGAAAACAGAGGUAGGCAUAUGUUAUUCCCCAUUUAGUACCUAAUAGUUGGGACUUAAAAGUCUUAAUUUUUUCUUGGGUAAGUUGGUGAUUAAAUAUGAACUAAAACUUCAUGAAAGAAUUCCAUUUUGAUGAUGUUUUAGUUCUAUCGUGACUUGGCAAAAGAAAAAAAAAGAAUCUGUUACUUUACCUUAUGUACUUUUACAAGCAACAACUUUAACAGUUUAAACUUAGUGACAUUUCUGAAGGUGAUAUGUGCGGUAUAAUUCAGGAUGAAGGGCAGAUUUAGACAAAGAUAGCCUGAAGUGAAAUAAAAGUAAGCAAAAAUAAUAGUCAUGUUUAUUGCGGCAGUAUCUUGAGAGCUUAUGUUUAGUGGCAUUUGAGCUAUUUCAAACCACCUUGCUUGUACAGCUUACCCUGCUGUUCAGAAGGCAGAGUGAGGUCAAGUGAACCACUGGCUAUAAUAAUGGCCAAUUCAAGGCAGUUUUAUGGUUUGGAUAUAGAUAAACUUUGGCAAAAGCACUUGUGGCUCUUUCAGACCCAUAUUUAUCCUAAAAGUCAGUUUUGCCAAUCACUAAAAAUGAAUUAUUUAUCCAAGAAUAGAAAAAGCUCUUCAAUCAUCUCAUGACAUUGACAUAGAAUCCCAAAGACUCCAUGUUUGAGAUUCUGCAUGCCUUUUGUGCUUAAUUGAACCAAUGAAAAUUUUCUUUCAUUUUGUCCUCAAAGAGUGAAUUAUUUCACAAGUGUAACCUGGGUUUGUUUUGAAGUUAUGUAGUAUUAUUUGAAACAAUGUUUUAAUUUCAACUGAUAUCACUCUGUAGUUUAUUCAUAACUUGCUCAACUGAUAAUUAAACUAUGUUAA